GUACAAGACGAAGACAAAGAAACACAGUAACACAGCGUGUACCUUGUUAGUGUACAGAGACUCCAUUAUUACUGACAGAAAAGGCUUACUCGUGUUCUGCUUAGAGGGCUUUCAUCAAAGGAUUCGUUUUCUUAUUGAAGACCACCAUACCCAUCAUACCAUGCAUUCUGGAGAUCUGGUGGAGUUGGACGAGUCUGGUCUCUCAGAGCAGGAGAAGGAGAAGCUGAAGAUUGUAAUGGAUAGGGCCAAGCAAUUUGAUAAGACAACAGCAGAGAUGUUGGCCACACCCCCUAAGGGUAUGCUGUUCAAGUGGACCAAUGCUUUCAAGGGCUGGCAGUCGCGAUGGUUCUCCAUCAAUCAGCAAGAGGGGGUGCUCCACUACUAUAUGAGUGAGGAUAGACAGAAGCAACCACCAAGAGGGUCACUACAACUCUGGGGAGCGAUGGUUGCCCCCAGUGAAGAGGACUCCCAGACCUUCACAGUGAGCGGCACUAACGGGGACGUUUACAAACUGAGGGCGGCUGAUUCUCGAGAGAGGCAGCACUGGGUCACUCGUAUGAGGAGACAAGUGGAGCUAUGCAGUAGCAAAGCCAACAAAGAAGCCUGGACGCAACCAUCACAGACGCUCUCCACAGCUCCACCAGACUCACACAUCUCUUCCGCCUCCGCCAUCAUACCACCCACACGAUCACAACGUACAAGAAUUGCCACCAGUAUUCGAUCUCGUCCCAAAGCCCCGUCCAGGAAACCGAGAGAAGAACUAGACCCUGGCUUCCCUGGUGGAGAUGCUAUGGCGGAGGCUUUCUCACGACUGCAAACAUACCAGCAAAACAUGGAAAUGCAGAUUGAUUCUUAUGCCACACAGUCUGGAAUUAACCCUCUAGACACGAAUGUUCUCCUCCUGAGAGCCUCGUCUAAAGCUGCCGUGUCCACUGUCAGAGAUUGUCUCACUCUCCUCAAGGCCAACUAUUCGGACCCCGACCAAAUAUCAACACACAGUGGAGACGUGGAGACCAUGAGACGCAACUCUAUCACAAGCUCUCCGGCUCGUAUGAACAAUCUCUCAGCUCACGGAUCAACACGAAGUCUAGGAAGCAAGUCUUUAACCUCUAACCCUUAGCAACCCUUAGCAACCGUUACUCAAUUGUGCGUGUCAAUAAUAAUAUAAUUAGUCUGUGUUCUCUUUAAUUAGUGUUCAUUAAUUAAACGUUGUAAUUUGCUCUCUGAUGUCAUAUUGAGUCAUUGUCUGGUUACAAAAAAAUGUAGACAAGUGAUUGAA